AUGUUAGGAAGGCUGUUGAACACUGCAGCUUCGGCUUUCAACGCUAAUCCUCAUGCCCCGCGUAACCUUGCUCAGCUUGAAUCAGUGACAGAGGAAGAACAUACCUCCGGCCUCUUGUUCCCGGAUGUCACCACCCUCCAGCGCUCUGGAACCCAUACAUAUCCGCUCCAGACCAGUUCGUUGCUCCCAAACGCAACCACGGCCAGCAGUUUUGAUGAUAAAGGUGGUCUGGAAUUUGAUGAGGCAAGGGACUUUCGGAUCAUUGUUGCCCAAAAUGCGAUGGGGGAUCGCGAUGAGCCCUGCAUACUGCUCGAUACUCAAAACCUUGCAGCGGCGGAUAAUACGUCUCGACCCUCCAUCGGCAUACAGCUAGCGGAACCGCCUCGCGGAAGACAUUCCCGAAAUUCAAGCUCUUCGCAAAAUGUGCGAAAGCAUGCGGCACAAGCUUCGCAGUCGUCCAUUCCCGAUUUGAACCCAAAUGCAUCGUUCGUCGACUCGAGAAAUCGUGAUUCCGGUAACAUGAGCGCAUUCCUUCGCGCUCGAAGCCGAAGAUCCACAUUCUCUACACUGACCGGCGAAGGCGAUCAUCAUCAUAAUCGCGUAUCUGGUGACAACAGCGACUCGGGUCUUUUGAACUGCAUUUUUGGAAGCAGCGCCUUUAGUUACCGUGGAUCGUCCACCAAAAUGCACAUAGUCCCGAAUGGUGGAGAGUCGCCCUAUGAGAUUGGAAACCAUCAUACCCAUGCGGUUCAAAGUCGACCGCAUCACCAGCGAUCCGAGACUUUUAGCUCCCACUCGAAACCGAGAAUCAUACCCCGCGAAACUAGCAUGGCUGACCAGUGUUCAUCACGCCCAACAAAAAUGACUGUUCUUGUCACCAGGAUGUUUAGCGUCAAUCUUCCCGAUAACCAAGUCUUAGCAACUGACAAUUGUGAGCCUCAAAUCUCGUCCUUCGCUAAGCUGUUUUACAAUAACGAUUCAGGCAGUAAUAAAAAAAGGAAGAUGAAGGAAAAGAAAACCCCAAUGUUUGCCGUCGCCAUCGCUGUACAGCUUCCGGUGACAAUUCGCAAUCAUGGGAGACAACUCUCGCAGCAAAAUCCUUGUGGUCAGGAUAGACUGAGACCUGCAGGCCUCAUGUCGACUUCUCUCGAUUCCGACAAACGAUGGAAUUUGGCAGUCGACGACGCAUCCACACAUUUAUCUACCACGUCGAAUUUAGAUGAGAGAAUCGAUGCACUAGUCGAUUAUUGGGAUAUUAUUACACGCACGCUUUCUCACCUAGAAAAAGUGGCUAGCAAAGAGAUACUUGCUCUUUUGAAGCAAGUCGACCUCCACACAGUUCAGCAGCCGAAGCCCGUAAAACAACCGCCAAAUAUGCAGAGGACUAAUCAGACAAUUAUUCACCUACCUCCCAACAGCCUUGCGUACAACAUGGAAGUUCGAGAGGAGACCUUGCGCGCGAUUCACCGAGUCUCUCUCGCGUUCAAAAUCCCUCAUGUUGUGACGGGACAAAGCCGCUGGGGGGUUUGGAGAGAUGAAGCCCGGUGGAUUGCCAAAUUUUUAAGUGAGAGAGAGCAUAACUUUUUCUUUCUAGUCCUGAUUACAGCAUUUCUCGGAAAUCAUACAGAUUGGCUUGGCUCUCUCGGCCCCGAGUGGCACAGGCGGCGGCAUAUCCUGCAACAAAAGGCACAGCAAGAUAACGAGCUCAACAUUCCUAAUAGAACUGUUAUCAUUUCCCCCUGUAAAAUGACGGCAAGACGAUUGAUUUUUGUUCUUUCUGCUUUUUUGCCAGCCCAGCAGCGCCCUGAUACCCUAUCGUCGCCAUUCCGCCCGGGCACUUCAACCUCUUUCCGUCAAACAUCCCAGAGUCCUCCAAAUCCUCAGAUUUUUCGACGAGAAUCACUCCGCCGAACCCUUAAUAGGCGUGCUAGAACUCGUAACUUUGUCGAAGAACAUGCGAAUUUCAAACGGUCCGCGAGUGUUUCAUCUAACGAAACUACCAAUGUCGUCGCGGAUGAGCUAGAGUUUAUGAGCGUCUCGACCCGUCAAAUGCGACGCGACUCCGAUGUUCGAUCUAUCAAAACUGCUAGCCUUCCAAUCCCUUCGAAUGGUAUGAGCACACGAAAAGGCAGCACAGCGAUUGCUGCCCCUGCAAUCCCUGGGACCGCCACACCUGUGCCACAUUUUGCCUCGCAACGGGGUCCUCGACCACGAGGUCCCGCCAGUGGGCAGCCGGAGAACAUUAGUGCAGCCUCCGCAAAUCUAAUGCAAACUCUCCGCCGAAGCGAAAGCUCCAACACUUCCUCGGGUGGUGAUUAUCUACCACCCAGCAGGUGGGGAAGCUUGCUUUCCAAUAUUUGGAGUUCGCGAGAAACUUCUUCAAAUAGUAAAACCUAUACUCAUGCACCCGUUCGUCAGCAAGGAGCAGAUUCUUCAUUGCCCACUUCUCCCAUCUCAACUCUCGCAAAAAUGGCAGCAGAAGUGGCGAGUGAUUCUCAGAGAAGCCCUCAAGCCACUGAUAACUUGGGUUUGCCAAGCUCUUCUGCUCCCAGUACUGAUGACGCGAAAAGCACUGUGGAAUCAUCCCUUAAACAACAAGGUCUAGACGGUCAUUCCCCUGCGUCUCCAGUGAAGCUUUGUGUGGAGGGGAAUGACGGCGUCGUAGAUGUUGAAGUUCCUUUGCCUGGCUUUUUAUCCUUUUCCUCCUCAAAUGAUUCCGCCAUCAUUUCUCCCCGAAAGGCUCGUACUUCGAUCACCAGUCUUGACGGCGGGCCCUCAUUUCAGAAUGACGGAUAUCAAUUCACAACCACCCAAAGGGACUAUGAACGGCUUAACCUCAAUGUUGCCGGUUGGCUUAAACGUUAUCACGAAGACUUCGUUCUCCAGGCAGUUAGACCUUAUCCAGCACUAGAAGCCGACGUUAAACGCUCUAUGUCCGCAGAACCAACUCCAAGUCACCUUCUCGCUGCAAUGACGUCCAUUCCCGAUGCCUCGGGCUACUCCGAGAAGUGGGUAGACGUUUGUUCGACUUUAAUUGCAGACACUACUUCAUCAACAGUCAAACGACUGAGAUUACGCCGGAAGAUAUCUACUACUAAGCCUAGCUUGGCAUUUCCUACUAUCUCGCCUUCGUCUGGACGCAAGACGUCAUUUUCUGCAGCCUCCUCUGUUUCUGACCCGACCGCAUCGAGCUAUGUCGAAUCUCGCUUCAUUGAAGAAGAGUUUAUCGAAGAACCAGUGAUGGAUCUUGAUGGAACGCUUGUUGAUGCUGUUGAGCGCGUGUUGGCGCGAUCUGGGCCGCCAUCCGCCAACCAUUCCAGAACCGCGUCUCCCAAUCGUGGCCGCAGAGGAAGGCCCGGACCUAGUCAACUCGGUGACAGACAGACUAUUGAUGCCAACGCAAAUGCACCCGAGACUCAAACGAUCGAAGUUCCACGGAAUGAGUGCCGCCGAAUGGUACUAGGCGCUUUGGAGGAGGUUGUGAAAAGCGUUACCGCCGAACGUCACCGAGAAGAUUCAACCUCAAAACUGGAUGGUUCAGAUGUCAAGAAGCCAUCCCGUACGACGAGAAAAGGGAUCGGCACUGUUGCAGAUAACACUUUGAGAGAAGGCAUCCGUAAAUGGCUAAUGGAUAUUGAAGAAACCUGCUGA